AUUUUUAAGGUCAACACUUGGGUCCACAACACUCGCGGCAUUUUUAUGCAUCCACUGGGACCAGACGGAAAAUCGGAGGCAUCAAUAACUGUUAGUAAUUUUUCUGUCGAACGAUAUCAGUUCAUUAUCGGUUCUGUCCCUGACGUUUGUUUUAAGUACAAAUGGUAAAUCAAUGUUAUUCCGUACUUUCAAGUAAGUUAAAUCGCGUUUUUGGUUAUGACUUGUCUCUCAGGUUGCGGGUUCCUCGCGGGGGCCGUUCUGCAGAACCGUCGCAAGCUGGCUGUCCUGCUCCUCCUGCUGAUACUACAAGGUCUGUUCGUGAUCUACUCGACCAUGAAGACGUCACCGACGGCCCAGUGUAACGGGUCAAACUGUCCGGUGCCGACGGUGACCAUCCUGCACCCGAUCAGCACCCGGCUCCGUGACCUACUGCUGGGGACCACUGCGGCGCCGCCCCCACGGCAAUCAUCUCCUGCGUCACAAACGUCAGCAACGGCAGUGUGGACGGAAGAAGCGCGGGCAAAGUGGCGAACACUCAAACCCAAGAACUGGGAAGAGCUGGCGUCAGCUGUGUUUGACUACAUCGAAAAGCCGUAUGCAAAGUGCGGAAAGUCGAUGCGUAUAGGCGGCCAGGCCGACUACAAGAACCGCAAGUUUGACGGCUACAAGUGGGUGUGUCUGGACCCGGCGCUGGGCCUUCUGCAGACCAACAGCUGCCUCAUCUACAGCUUUGGCGUCGACCACGACUGGUCGUUUGACGACAACGUGCAGCGACUGCAGUGCGAGAUCCACGCCUUCGACCCAUCCAUCGGCCAGAAGGACCACAAGAGAUCCGAGCACAUCUCCUUCCACAACCUCGGCAUCGGCGGCCGGGACGAGACGAUUCAGGUGCGGGGGCGACGCUGGGACGUCCGCACCUACCAGAGCGUGGUGUCGAUGCUAGGUCAUCAGCGGCGCACCGUCCACUACCUCAAGGUGGACGUGGAGGGCGCCGAGUGGGACAUGUUCACCCAGAUCUUCACCAGCUCACCGCAACUACUGCAAAACGUGCGUCAGAUCGGCAUGGAGAUACACCUGGCGUAUGAUCCACGCGACAGGAACGCCGGCCUCGACAGGUGGAGGGAGUACCUCGCCGUGUUCCAGCGACUGGAGGCCAUGGGAUUCCGGCUGUUCCAUAGCGAGAUGAACCCGUACACGGGGGCAGAGAAACUCUUUCCGACCGUGUCUCGGCGCGGGAGUCGCGUCUACGAACUGGUGUGGCUGUAUCAACCGUGAACCCGACAAUGAGUCACCGCUAUGUGAGAAGCGUUCUGACUUGUUAGUCGGACCUUCAUGGUAGCGAACGUAACCAUAUCCCGAUCUUAGACCGGGUAGACAGUUUCGUGAUGAAGCGAAACCGCUUCAGUGUUCGCAUUGAAGCCUGGAGAUGUCGAGAACUCGAGAACGAGCUUUAAACUUAAUGGACAUGAUGACUUUUGGCUAACGAUACCGAGAGAUGCAGUCAGAAGCCAAAGACCGGGACAAUGGUGAAAUGUCCCAGACAAUGACAAAUCUAAAGUCAAUAAGCCUUAGAACAUGACUCAUUGUCAUGUUCGUGACUGUUCUUUUUUGUCGGGAGUGCCUUGAAAAUGUAUGUGUCUUACUCAUUUCAUAGAUGGGGAUAUGCGAGGCUGCUACAGUCAGCAAAUGCUAGCGAUAUGAAUCAACAAGCCGUGCAGGUAAUGUAGGUAUGCUGCCGUUAUGAAUUACCUAUUGGGUGGUGUGCGCUGGCCUGUGUGUUGGGGGGGGGGGGGGAGGGAGGGGAAGGGGGCAGCGCCGCGUCCUGUGAGAUAUGCCGUGCUGCCGUGUGCACGAGUGCCACCGGUGAGAAGUUUGCAAGAUGCGUGCCUUCUGACUGAUUGAUGCCUAUAUAGUCAUCGUAAUCAGGUGGCUGCGUUUACCUCAUAACUGACACGAUAUUACUUGAUUCGAAGGCAGCGAAGCACAUUAAUAACAAGGAAAACGAGUGAAACGAUCACCUUUUAUGCACGUUUGAAACUGCCCGGAAAAGCAGUCAUUCCGCCUGACAUGCUCAGUAUCGAACGAGUUUGUGAAUGCAUUUUAUGACUCAAUGACAUUGGAAUCAUUAUUAUACGUACAUGUUGUGUGAACUGUUGAUUUGGCAAUAUGUAUCGCGAAUAGUGGACAUUUUUAUGCAUCGGAUAAGUGUGGGUAUUUUUGUUUAUGUUGUCGUUACUGUGGAUAAAUUCGCCAUGAGUGAUAAUACAAAGCAAUCACACAAAAUA